GAUCACAGACGUUUUCCUAAAAGAAAGAAAAUGGAAUCCUGAAAUCGCACUUAGCUUAAUAGUGAAGCGUUUUUCUGACAGUAUUUCAAGAACGACUGGGUUGUACGAUAGCAUAGUGACUAACAUCAGUGAAGAGCAUUUGGGUCUUGCUGAAGUGUGGAGAACAGCCUUGGUCUCCUUCCCUUCUGAAUCAAUGGAAGGGUCUGACAGUAUGGAGCAGGGUGGCAGUGGCCAAUCAGAGUCACAGCGUAGAAGGCAGUUGGACCGCCUGGACAGGGAGGAGGCCUUCUACCAGUUUGUCAACAAUCUCAGUGAUGAGGACUAUCGUCUCAUGAGAGACAACAAUCUCUUGGGAACCCCCGGAGAGGUAACAGAGGAUGAGUUGUUUAACAGACUUCAGCAAAUCAAAGAUGGUCCAGAACAGCAGAAUAGCAAUCCUAGUACAGAAACUGGAGAAGAGCCAGUUGUGCAACCAGAAAACCCAGAGGAUCCUGCUAAUGGUGAUAGUCUACUUGACUGGCUGAACACAGUAAGGCGCACAGGCAACACAACCAGAACUGGUCAUCGUGGAAAUCAAUCAUGGCGGGCUGUAAGCCAGACCAACCCAAACAGUGGUGAUUUUCGCUUCAGCCUCGAAAUCAGUGUUAACCGCAACCUGGCAGAACAACAGGCAGCCGCUGAAGGGGAGCAAGAGUCUCCAGAGGGUCAAGAGGUGGCUGCAAAUGCUGAACCACAGGUUCCCAUGGAGACAGAAGUGGUGGAAGAACCAGUGGUAGAGGAGUUGGCUGUCAUAGUAGAAACUGAGCCUGAACUAGAAGAAGUUGUUUCACAAGAGAUUUUAGAAGAAUCUCCCAGCUCACCUGCUCCCGCGCCGAUACAACCCCCGCUUUCUCCUUCUCCACGCAGAGGACAAAGGAGACCCCGAAGCCACAGUCCAGAACCACGCAGGACCAGAGCUCGUGCAGCCAGGAGCCGCUCCCCUCUCAGCUUGGAUCAGCUAGAUGGUCUUGGAAAUGCUCGUCAGGCUCACACCUCACAAGGUUCUAACACUGCUACCACUUCUCCCCCUGUGCCUCAAAUGGAGGGUAGUUCACGGACUCGACAACAUGUUCUUACCAGGCAAAGCACAGCUGACAGUGAUGUUCAGCCACCUAGGGCUAGUUCAGAAUCUGUCCCAGAGGUCCAUAACGUUGAACCUCAGGAAGGAGAAGGUGGUGGUGGAGAAGGCGGUGGCGAAGGCGGUGGAGAAGGCGGUGCAGCAGGACGGCGCCCCCCAACUAUAAUGUUUGAUCUUCAGGUGCGCCGUGUACAUCCAGGUGAAUAUUGGCAAAGAGACAGCAUUGCCAGCCGCACACGCUCACGUUCUCAGAACUCAAACAACACAUUUCUUUAUGAGAGUGAACGAGGUGGUUUUCGUAGGACUUUUUCACGCUCUGAGCGAGCUGGUGUGAGGACCUAUGUCAGCACCAUUCGCAUCCCUAUCCGAAGAAUUUCUGAUGCAGGUUUGGGAGAGGCAACCUCAAUUGCUCUCCAAUCAAUGAUUAGACAGAUUAUGACUGGUUUUGGUGAACUUGGCUACCUCAUGGAUUCACACUCAGAUUCUUCAGAUUCAAAUCGUGGAGCUAGCACACCUACAGAUCUCGGUGAAACCCUAAACAACCCCGAUGCUGCUGCUGCCGCUGUCGCCGCCGCCACUGCCGCUGCCGCUGCUGCUGCUGCUGCAGCACCUGCACCCGCUGCUGCUGCACCCACUGCUGCUGCACCCGUUGCUGCUGCACCUGCUGCACCUGCUGCUGCUGCACCCGUUGCUGAUGUUGGUGGAUCACCUGUGGCUGCUGGAGUAACAGCAAGGACAGUUGAGCCUGAUGUGGUUGAGGCCCUCGCCACUGGACCACCUGCCUCUGGUGGCAGGGCUCGAUCUCGACCACCAGUUAGCCUAGAGGAGCCCAGCUCACUGCCUUUCCUGCGGCUUGCCCACUUCUUUCUUCUAAAUGAUGAUGACGAUGAUCAGCCCCAAGGGCUCACUAAAGAGCAGAUUGACAACCUCUCCAUGCGCAACUUUGGCGAGAACGAUGCCUUGAAAACCUGCAGUGUCUGCAUAACUGAGUAUGCAGAAGGUAACAAGCUACGUAAGCUUCCCUGUUCUCAUGAGUACCAUGUGCACUGCAUUGAUCGUUGGCUGUCUGAAAACUCCACCUGCCCCAUCUGCCGCAGAGCUGUACUGGUCUCAGCCAAUCGAGAAAGUGUGGUGUAGAUGUGUACAGACUGUGGGCCUUUUGUCUCAGCUUAAAUAAUCUUAUAUCCCGAGUCCAUGAGAUGCUUUUGAGGAAAAGUGUCUCCACUGUUGAAAUGUAUUUCUUUCAUACCAUUUGUGAGUUUGAUCAUAAUGCAUUUGCAGGUUGGAUAUGAGGUGCUCCAUACAGUGAUGUCAGGACAUAUUCUUUCUCUAGUAAGACUCUUAUUAAUGCAGUCCAAAGUUAUACACAAGCAUUGCAUGCUGUUUGAAUCAACAUUUAGUGACCAAGCAGUUUUUUUGCACUGUACCUAAUCAUGUGCACAAGCAGAUCUGUACUGAGUAAAGAAUCCCCGGUUAUAAAUUCUGCACACCUGCAGGUAGUUCAGGCACUUCAAUUUCUUUUGUAUUGGCUCCCAACUGGCACCUUUUAUAUACCAUAAGUUGAGUAUUGGUACAAUAUGUAGUUUCACCAGUUCAAAGUAUUAGCUGUAAAUAAGCUUGUAAAAAUAAUUUUGAAUCAUACUUUGUAUCAUCAAAUUGGUUUUGGAUUGUAAAUUAUCUCAUGAAUAUUAGGUUAGUGUUGGUCUCAAUCAAUCUGUCAUGGCAUCGAAAUUUGUUGUUUAACAAGUUGGUGGCAUUGGUGUACACAGCAGAAUUAUUUAGAGAUUGUGAUGUCCAAUGAAUGUUAAUUGGUUUGCCAUUUACAAUGUGACUUGUACUUCUUCAUUUGGUUACCUGAAAAGAACAAAGCAUUUUGGAGGGGGCGUAUAUUAUAAUCUGAAAAUUCCCAGUCCAUACUGAAUUAUAAAAAAACAGAACGUAUAAUGUACUAUAAUAAAGGGAAAGACAAAUUCAGCUAGGUUACUUUUGGAUAGCACACCUUUAAUUUGGAAUCUCAACAACUUUGAUUAAUUAAACAAAUGAGCCAUAUUCAUCACAAAAUUGAUGGUUGUCUUAAUAUUGGUCGUAGAUAUUGGAUUUGAUAUCAAGUUGUUGGCAUGUGAAUAAUCCCAAUGGCAAAAUUAUACUUGCAGGCAUGAUGACUCAUCAGACAUUUAAACGUUUGCUUUAUUUCCACCACUUUUUCCGCCAAGAAGUUUCUUUUUCUUUUUUUUAUUGCAUGUGGAUUUUUACAAUAAGUUUGUGCUGACAUCCAUUAGCUACCUGUCUGUGUCUUAAUUUUGCCACCUUCAGAAAAGCUUGGCUUCAUUUAACAACUGAUUUUCUCUUAAGGUAAUUUAGUAAAAGGACCAGAAAUUGACUUUAACUGCAAUGUCAACUCGACUUCAAUUAACAGGUGAUGAUUUUUCACCGUUUGGAUGUUGAAGAUUACCAAGUCUGGAAAAAAAAUAUAUUUAAUUUCCCCAGUAUCCUUGUAAGGUUCCAAGUCAGGAUGGUUUACUGUGCUUUCCCUCAUGUCAGUGUGCAAUACCUGAGAAAAUGAAAGUAGCAAUUUUUAAACCAUGAUAUAAACACAUGCUAUUCUUUAAAACUUGUUAAUGGAUAAAAUCUUAAUUGAGGACUUAUUAUAUUUUAAAAUGUGUUGAAGUUCAUUUAAUUUUCUGUAGAAUUUGUAUAGAUUUUAAUAGCACUGUUGCUGAACAGAAACACUGGCGGAAGGAAGAAGAAGUGCAUCACAGUUAAUGCCACCCCGUCAUGUUUCUUGUUUCACUGUUUGAUGUCUAUACCACGAUGAAUGCAAGACGUUGUCAUUCUUGAAAUCCAUAAACAUGUAAAUGAAAUGUAUGUUCCCUCUUAGGCCACACUUUAGAUCUGGCCUUGUUCUGUGACCUACCCAGUGCAGUAUGUUAACUGGGUGUUAAACGAAACUAACCUCUGAAUUAAAGUUGUUAUGCUACAAA